CCGUCCGCUCGCGGAGCCUCCUGCUGCCCGCCGCGGAAACCAGAAAAAAUGACCCCCUUGGCUGUCUUUCGGGCAACAUUCCUCUUGGCAUUACUGCCCUUGAGAACUUGCCAGAGCAAAGUGUCAUCGGAGCCUUUGCUGUUGAGCCCUGGGUCGCUGAGGGUGGCCACCGACCCUGUGGGGCAGUACUUGCAGGUGCAGUGGGGUGUCCAGGGCCCCACUGACCGGGAAGUAAGAGCGACUUUCCAGAUCGAGAUCAGUAGAGUUAAACCAUCCAAUGUCAUCUGGGUGGAGGACUACAGCGCCGUGGUGCAGGGCAGCCAGGUCCUGAACUGGACGUGGGGCUCCGAGCUCCCCUUGGAAUGUGCUGCCCACUUUGCCAGAGUGAGGAGCAAGGUGGACGACGCCAAGCUGAGGUUCUGGAGCAGCUGGAGCUCAUGGUACAAAGCAGAAGUGCCGAAUUCGCCGAAUUCGCCUGGACCGGACUCAUUGCUUGUUUUCCCUAAAAAUAAGCUGGUGGAAGAAGGUUCCAAUAUUACCAUUUGUUACAUUUCUGGGAGCCAUCAAAAUAACGUAUCCUGUUAUUUGGAAGGUGUUCGGAUCCACGGAGAACAACUUGGUCCCAACGUGUCCGCGUUCACCUUGCAUAAUGUUUCUUUCGUCAGGGAUACCGGGUCGAAUCUGUUUUGUCAGGUGCCGCACCCAAGUAUUAUAGGAGGCAUCGUUCUCUUCGUCUCGAAGGUACUUGAAGAGCCCAAGGACUUUUCCUGUGACACUCGGGACUUCAAGACUUUGACCUGUACUUGGGAUCCUGGGCGUGACACGGACUUGCCUAAAUAUCCUGCCCAACGCUACGCUUUGUUUGAGUCAUUUUCUGGGGAGAAGAAACUUUGUGAACACAAAGACCGGUGUACUUGGCAAAUAGCUCCAGGCUCACAAGAAACGUAUAACUUCACACUCAUGGCUGAAAACCACUUAAGGAAGAGGAACGUGAGCAUUCUCUUUGACCUGGCCCAUCGAGUUCAUCCAAAGACUCCUUUUAAUGUGUUUAUUAAAAAUGCGAGUGCCAUAGAUGCCACCCUGACCUGGCAGGUGGACCCCAUUAAGAAUUACUCAUUUUUGUGUCAAGUUGAACUCCAUGGUGAAGGAAAAGGGUUACAACAGCACAAUGUGUCCACCGAGGAUCGUGGUCAGUACUUCUUCGGUGACCUGGCACCUGCCACAGAGUAUGCGGCCCGAGUACGCUGUGCUGCCGCCAACCGCUUCUGGAAGUGGAGCGAAUGGACCGGGCGGAACUUCAGCACGCGCGAAGCUGCUCCCUCCAAGGCGCCCGACAUCUGGAGAAGUGUGAAGUCAGUGCUGGGAUCGUGUAAUGUAACUUUGUUCUGGAAGCCACUUCCAAAAUCACACGCCCACGGAAAGAUUCUAUUCUAUAACGUAGCUACCGAAAACCUAGACACACCACCCAGUUCAAAGCUCUUCUCCGUCCCUGCUCCAGCCAGUGGCACAGCACUAACCUUUGACCGGUGUUCUCACCGAAUCCGCGUCACCGCCAACAACAGUGUGGGCGUCUCUCCCGCUUCCGUGGUUGUCGUCUCUGGGGACCUUGCAAACGAAGAGGUUGAAGAAGAAAGAAUUCAAGGCACAGAGGACGGAUUCUCUCUGUCUUGGAAACCGCCAUCUGGAGAUGUCACAGGCUACGUCGUGGACUGGUGUGACCAUCCCCGGGACUUCCGCUGUGAUCUCCAGUGGAAACACCUGGGCCCCAGUACCACACGCAUGGUCAUCAGCUCAGAUGCUUUUCGACCAGGGGUUCAAUACUACUUCAGGAUUUAUGGAAUUUCUACAGAAAAGAUGGCUCAUUUACUGGAGAAGAAAACAGGCUACACCCGGGAACUGGCUCCUGCCGCCAGCCCUCAGGUGGCCGUCAGCAACCUGACCUCGCAGUCCUUCGCUCUGAGCUGGGAAGGUUACCCCACCGGCUCCCAGCCCGGUUUCAUCCGAGGGUACUACGUCUACCUGAGACCCAAGGUGGGGCGGUGCCCCCCUGGAUUCGAGAAGGCAGCCCUCCCAGACGGUUCAGAGUGUUGCAGACAUGACAUCAACAACCCGGAACAAAAGACGUUUGUUGUGGAGCACCUGCAGCCGGAAUCCUCCCACGAGUUCCUGGUCGCUCCGUACACCAGCGCGGGCGAGGGCCCCCACGGAGGCUUCACCAAGGUCACCACGCCAGAUGAACACUCCCAUGUCCUGCUCCGUAUCAUCCUCCCCAUGGUGUUCUUCCUUGUGCUCAUCACGGUCCUGUGCUAUCUGAAGAGUCAGUGGAUGAAGGAGACGUGCUAUCCUGACAUUCCAGAUCCUUACAAGAGUAGCGUCCUGACACUGCUGAAGCCCAAGGUAAACGCUGGGACAUCCAUCAUGGACGUCCGUGCCUGCAUCCCUGACGCCAUCGAGGUGGUCAACAAGCCCGAAGGCAGUAAGGUCCAGUCCUCGGACGCCAGGAGGCCGCUCACUGAAACGGAAUAUACUAAUAAGGCCGACUACAUUUACCUCCUCCCAGGCCCCUUCAUCUGUUUCGAGAACUUGACCUACAACCAGGCCGCCCCGGACUCUGGUCCCAGGGAUGGUCUCGCAGGGCCCCACAGCGCCCCGCAGGGUCAGCUGCCGACUUCACCCGGACUCGUACCGAACCCACCAGAGCAAAAGUACAUGAACUUCUCGGGAGAGACGGCUUUGAGUUACGUGUCCCAGGUGGCUUCCCCCACAUCUGGAGACAAGGACAGUCUCCCAACAAAUGCACUGGAGCCGGCACCCCACUCCGAGUACAGAAAGCAAAUGGCCGGGCCCCUGGGCCUUGCCUCGCCUUCCCCGGAGGAGGACAGCUGCCUCCCCGCAACGACCCGUUUGGAUGGAGGCGAACCCUGCAGCUAA